GUCGAACCAAAAAAAAAAGAAAAAGACAAUGGCGACAGAGUAAGCGAGGCAGAAGAAUGAGCAGUGACUAUUGACCUUAAAUCUGUAAUCUCCACUUAGCUGUAAAGCCACGGUUUACCCCUCUUUGAUACAGAAGAAGACAAACCACUCUCUCUCUCUCUCUCUCUCUUCUUGUUCCUCCGUUCUUGACAAUGGAAGCUGAUCAACAUAAUUUGGUGCUGAAGGAGGAGGAGGAGGAGAAGGAGGAGGAGGCGGCUCUGCAGAGAAGGCAGUAUCGGCGAAGCGACGACAACAACAACGCCAUUGCUGCUGUUGUUCUUUCUACCAAUGGCAAUGGAAAUGGCAACGGCAUGUUUGGUUCUUUUGGUAGUAGCGAUAGCAGUAUUGAAUCGGAUACUGCAAAUGGAACUGGACAUGAAUCUCCUAGUAAAGACGUCGGGGAAGAUGGUAGAUUGCUUAAUAGCGUUUACUUUGAUCAACACCAAGGUAUAUGGAAAUGUCACCACUGCAACUGGACCUACUGCAUGGGAAGUCCGUUGAGUUAUCAUAGUCAGAAUAUUAAAGGGCACUUGCACAUGCUGAUGAAUGUCAAAACUUUUAAUCAACAGGGACUGAGUUUCAUAAUUGAAACUAAAGGUACUGAACCCACUGAUGGAGUUUUUAAAAUGAAGAAUGGUAGUGUUACUAGUUCUAUUUUUGGGAUGAAUUCCAGAGAUACAGAUGUCCACAUAAAGAAUUUGGAGGUUCAGAAAAGUCUAAUUGAGGAAACAAAUGAUCAACAUGGGGCAAAUUUUGAUGAUAAAGGAUUUUCAGGUUCAAGUUUAACACUUUCAAAGGAGUCACAUGGAGAUAUAAAAUCCAAGCCUAUCAACAAUGAAGCUAGAUUAGGAGGAGAUUUUGAUAUAAUAGAAGAGCCUGACCAGGAAGAGACAGAAUUUGAUGUUGAGAGGGUAUUAGAGAAGCAAAAUACUCAUGAUUUGUAUUGUCCUAACUGUAGUUCUUGUAUUACCAGACGGGUUAUCCUCCAUAGAAGAAAACCGAAAAUUCGACAUGCACGUCGUAAGCCGAAGAACAAUAAAUCAGAAACAGAUUUCCACCCUGAGUUGGACUCCGUUCGUUCCAAUUCAGGCAAUUUACAAGUUCAUGAGUCGGUUAACAAUCAAUCAAGUGGUAGUCCAGCAAUUGCUGCUGAUGCUAACAAUAGUGAUCCCGAACCAGAGAUAUUCAGAUGCUUAUCAUGCUUCAGCUUUUUCAUUCCAACAGGAGAUGGUUUUAAAUUGUUUCGGCAUUUUGGAGAUAGCAGUAUCACUGAGGAUAGAAGAAUGCAAAAUCUUCAGAAGACACCCACGACCAACAAAAAUUGGUUCUCGUCUAUUUUUUCAACUGAUAAGAAGAAAACGACUGUUGACCAAGAUCACAUUUCAUCUCCAUGCAAGCCUUCAAAAAAGGGGAAUCAAUGUAAUGAUAAUUUGGCAGCAAGAAAUGAGACGCAGAUUGAUCAAAAUGAUAUUGUCUCUUCCAUCGUUUCCCCACCAAUGGGACUGGUAAACAAUUUUGGGAGUGCAUCUGUGGAAGUUGGAGAAGAGAUUGCAAAUUCUUCAAAACAAGAAAAUGAAUUUAUUGAGAAUACAUCAUACAGUGUACAAGAGGAAACAGACAAUGUAAUUGAAAAGUCAGAAAUAGGUCAUGCUGCACCAGACAAUGAUUUAGUGGAUGCUUUUCAACAGUUUAACUCAAAAAGUUCUUCAGAUACUGUGUUACACCAACAAAGACUUCAUUCAGAAGCAUCUGUUACUGAUAUUAUUGGAGAAUCCUCAUCGAGACCUCUACAAGGUGGAGUGAUUUUUCCACUUUCGACAACUUGUGAGCCUUUAGUGCCUGGGCAGUCACUCAUAGAGGCAGGCAAGAACGUCAACAAGGCAAUGCCAGAAGAACAACCAGUUCAAAAUGAUCAUGUACCACUAGUACAAGGCACUCCACAACCCACAUUGUUUGGCAAAAGAGAACCUCUAGAUGAUUCAUUUGUUGUAUGCCAUGAAACUCCAAAAGAUGCUAUAUUUUCUUCAAGCAGAGGAACUCAAAUUCUUGACAAACUGAAAAUUGGUGUUGGAGAGACAGCAUAUGCUGCUGUGGGAAAUAAGAUUCCAGGGGGAGAUGUAAUAGUCACUGUUGAAACAAAGUCGGGGGCACCUGCAGCUCCUCAGAUGGCACAAAAUGUUGAUGGUUCACUAGAAGCCACGAGCUUGCUACUAAGUGGGAGCCACAUGUAUAUCAAUGAAGAAAGAGGUGCUGAAGUUACUGUGGAUAUUUUGAAAAGCAUUGUAUAUGGUGGUUUAAUAGAAUCUAUCACAAGUCUUGGUGUUGUGUCAUCUGCUGCUGGUGCUGGUUCUGCCACAUGGAACAUUUUAGCUCUGGGAUUGGCAAAUUUGAUUGGUGGACUUUUCAUCAUUGGUCACAAUCUUAUUGAGUUGAAAAAUGAUACCUCUGGAUCCUCCAACCAAACCAAUGAGCACAAGGACCGUUACCAAGAGACACUUGGACGAAGGGAGAACUUUUUACUUCAUGCAACUGUAUCUAUUUUAUCAUUUCUCAUUUUUGGCAUUCUGCCUCCUGUCAUCUAUGGCUUCUCAUUUCGCAAGAGUGAUAAUAGAGAUCUCAAGCUUGCAGCGGUUGGAGGGGCUUCACUUUUAUGCAUUAUUGUACUUGCCAUUGGAAAGGCUUACACUAGGCGGCAACCCAAGCAUUAUAUCAGCACCUUAUUGUACUAUGUCAGCAUAGGGAUUGUGGCUUCCGGUGCUUCUUAUAUAGUAGGCGACCUAAUUGCUAAACUAGUGGAGAAAGUUGGUCUGUCUGAGUCAAUUUUAGCUGUUCCAGAGACAAUACCAAUGGACCUUCCAUGGGCAUCACAUUGAAGUUUUGAGAUCUCGACACAGAAGGUGAAGCAAGUUGGAGUUGUCAUGUAAUUCGUCAUGCGCAAAAGCUUUUCCAUUUCAAAUUAGACAAUAGUUUUGGCCUUUUCAUGUUUACCUUCCUGUUUUAUUUUUAUUUUGUUGUCUUUGCCUGGAUUUUUAAUUUAAAUGAUUAUCGCUGUUCAGUCUGUUGGAAGAAUAAGCAUAUCAUGAAUGAGAAAGGAAUAAAGUUUCCUUCCAUUCC